GGCACGCGACUCAGUCAGCUGACCUGUCUUGUGAUAGCAGCAGCUAGGCCGGACUCGCGAGACAGGGCAGGCCAUACAGUUCCCGUCGCUGGCUGGACUUGCGCUGGAAAACGUCGCACCUCACGCCGUAAAUUAAGUGUACGUAAAUCAAGAUGACAAAUCAUAGUUUACCGAAGAUUGCGCAUGAGGAGCGGGAGGGCAAGUUUGGAUAUGUCUAUGCAGUAUCCGGACCUGUCGUUACCGCUGAAAAAAUGGCUGGAUCGGCUAUGUACGAGCUCGUGCGAGUCGGUUACUACGAGCUGGUGGGAGAGAUUAUCAGAUUGGAAGGUGACAUGGCUACAAUACAGGUAUACGAAGAGACGAGCGGCGUGACAGUUGGCGAUCCCGUGCUCCGCACCGGAAAGCCGCUGUCCGUCGAAUUGGGCCCCGGCAUCCUCGGCAGCAUCUUCGACGGUAUUCAGCGUCCGUUGAAGGACAUCAACGAGCUCACGAGCUCGAUCUACAUCCCGAAGGGUAUCAACGUACCCGCGCUUUCGCGUACCGCUUCAUGGGAAUUCAAUCCGCAUAACGUGAAGAACGGCAGCCACAUCACGGGCGGUGACUUGUACGGCGUCGUGCACGAGAAUACCUUGGUGAAGCAUUGGAUGAUCCUGCCGCCCAAGUGCAAAGGCACGGUCACGUACGUCGCGCCCGUUGGCAACUACACUGUCGAUGAUGUCGUAUUAGAGACCGAAUUCGAUGGCGAGAGGCAAAAAUAUACCAUGCUUCAGGUGUGGCCAGUCCGUCAACCUCGACCGGUCACUGAAAAAUUGCCAGCUAAUCAUCCUCUACUCACUGGUCAACGAGUCCUGGACUCUCUCUUCCCAUGCGUCCAGGGUGGAACCACGGCUAUUCCCGGUGCUUUCGGUUGCGGCAAGACCGUCAUCUCGCAGGCCUUGUCCAAGUACUCUAACUCCGACGUGAUCAUUUAUGUCGGUUGCGGAGAACGUGGUAAUGAAAUGUCCGAGGUAUUGCGCGAUUUUCCUGAAUUGACCGUGGAGAUCGAAGGCGUCACCGAGUCCAUCAUGAAACGUACCGCUCUGGUCGCCAAUACGUCCAACAUGCCGGUAGCCGCGCGUGAAGCGUCCAUUUACACUGGUAUUACACUGUCCGAAUAUUUCCGUGAUAUGGGUUACAACGUAUCGAUGAUGGCGGACUCGACGUCUCGUUGGGCCGAGGCUCUCCGAGAAAUUUCAGGUCGUUUAGCUGAGAUGCCUGCCGAUUCUGGUUAUCCCGCUUAUCUUGGCGCUCGUUUAGCCAGCUUCUACGAACGCGCCGGAAGAGUAAAGUGUUUGGGAAAUCCAGACCGUGAAGGAUCCGUCAGUAUCGUCGGUGCCGUAUCACCGCCGGGUGGUGACUUUUCUGAUCCUGUGACUAGCGCGACACUCGGUAUUGUGCAGGUGUUCUGGGGUUUGGAUAAGAAGCUUGCGCAGCGCAAACACUUCCCGUCCAUCAAUUGGCUUAUAUCGUACAGUAAAUAUUUGCGAGCACUGGACGAUUUCUACGACAAGAACUUCCCGGAGUUCGUCCCGUUGAGGACGAAAGUGAAGGAGAUCUUGCAAGAGGAGGAAGAUCUGUCGGAAAUCGUGCAGCUGGUAGGCAAGGCUUCGCUCGCCGAAACGGAUAAAAUCACGCUCGAAGUAGCAAAAUUGCUGAAAGACGAUUUUCUGCAACAAAACAGCUACUCUCCGUACGAUCGUUUCUGUCCGUUUUACAAGACCGUGGGAAUGUUGCGAAAUAUGAUCGCAUUCUACGAUAUGGCAAGACACGCGGUGGAAUCAACAGCCCAGUCAGAUAACAAAAUCACAUGGAAUGUCAUUAGGGAUAGCAUGGGCAAUAUCCUCUAUCAAUUGAGCUCUAUGAAAUUCAAGGACCCCGUUAAGGACGGCGAAGCGAAAAUCAGGGCGGACUUUGAUCAGCUGCACGAAGAUAUUCAACAGGCGUUCAGGAAUUUAGAGGACUAAAUUUCUAACUUGUCACUUGUUAAAAGCAAUUUUAAGAUAUUGAUCGUUCUCGUAACUUGGCUCUAACAUUUAAGGAUGUCCCGGUCCAACUAAUGAAAUGCAGAUAACCUGCUAAAAAUACGACUACCUGCAGAGAGCAUUAUCGAUUAUGUCAUAUAUUAUUUGCUGAAUACACGUCAUCCUUGGAAGCGUUUGAGUGAAUUGUAAAUAGAGAAGCUACAUUGAAUACCACGCAGCGAAAUAUUCGAGUGAAUGUCAUGUCAUGCGCGUGACGAUUGUGACAAUAAAGUGGGACAUUCUUAAAUGCGUUCGAAGCGUACAUUUAAAGAUACGCUCCGCUUCCUCGCGAGUUAAAAAUCGCUUAACUCGAGAGCAGAGAGCUACUUGUAAUUAAUUAUCGGAUAUUAUCAGAGAAAGUAAUUUUACCUUUUGCGCGGAAAUAUACUUUUCGUUUCCCGUUCCGCUUUGUUGAUUAAGAUGCAAAUAACCGAGAAGUUAAUAAUUCCUAUAUGUUUUCCGUAUAUGUGUAAUAUAAACGAAAGUAUAAACCGGCUCCCCGUUUGAUCGUGACGCGCGCAGAUUAGGAUUAUGGUAUGAGAAGAUACUCUUAAUUACCAGUUACACGGCACGUGGAUAGCACGGCAAUUCGUAUCUUGCAAAAAGAUUGUGAAUCGUGGAGUAUUAAAUAUUGUAACAUAUAAUGUACCAUUUAAGUGCGAUGAACGUCCAUCGCAACUGUUAUGCAUAAUAUAAGCAUACUAUACCUUAACGUUACAAACAAUAAUUUGAAAGUUUAGAAAACGACAUAAAACACACAUAUGAUACGUUAGACAAAUGAUCAAGGUGCAGGGACUUCGUCGUACCGUGAAAGAUAAAUACGAAAGGAAACAAAAAUGUGUGCGCAUGACUAGUGUUCCAUUGACUUCGAUAUCAUUUCCAUUGUAUGAUAUGUAAAAAAAAAAGAUACAAUAAAAAUAUGCACAAGAGGAUCAUAAA